AUGAGAGGGUUGGGGGCCAACCGCCACCGGCACCUGUCCGACUCCUGCGAUCCGGCACUGGGGCACCCGGAAGCCAUGUACCCCCAAUCCCACCAGACCAGCACCCUGCCGCGCAGCCCCUACCUCCUCAGCCCCGCCACCAUGGACCACUACGGCACCAUGGACCCCCACCACUACACCGCGGGCAACCCCGUCUCCCUGCCCUCGGACCUCAUGCUGCCGCUCAACAACCAGCUGUCCAACAGCAGCACCUUCCCCCGCAUCCACUACAACUCAUACGACCAGUCCGACUUCUCCCCGCCCGGGGGGGACAACAUCGGCGGGAUCAGCACGGGCACCCUGGGCACCUCCAUGUCCAUGGGCAUGGGGAUGGCCAGCAUGGCGGGCAUGGGCGGACGGACGGCCCUGAUCAACAGCGGCUCGGCCACCAUCUCGCACCACCACCACGCGUCCAAGAACCAGGCGCCGACCGCCAACAUGCUGGAGCAGUUUGAGAACCAGCUGCCGGGUGGCCGCGACGGCUUCAGCACGCUGCAGUACCACCGGGCGUCCGCCGCCGCCGUCGCCGCCGACGCCAAACAGCGCACCGAGCCCGGGCGCAUCCGCUACAUGCUGCACUCGGUGCAGAAGCUCUUCGCCAAGUCCCAGUCGCUGGAGGGCCAGCACAUGAAGGGCAACGUCAACGGACGCUCGCUGGCAGCGGGGGGCACCUCCUCGGGCACGGAGGACGGCAGCAAGCAGGGCCGGCGCUCCAAGAGCAAAGACCGGGGCACCAAGUCGGAGGGCCAGGCCAAGCGGCGGCCGCGCUCCAACAUGUCGGGCUACUGGAGCUCCGACGACCUGGACAGCAGCGACCUGAGCAACUACCGCAACCCCGUGGCCAUGAUGACGGUGGGCCGCGCCUCGGGCCACGACAGCCAGCCGGCCCAAAACCGCUACAUCCACAGCGGCUACAACACCAUCAGCUCCUCCAAGAGCACCAGGAGAUGCGCUACCCGGCCCUCUCCGUGGCGAGGGGGUGGGGGCGGAGGCGGAGGGGGGGGAGGUGGAUCGCUGGGGAUACACGACAGUGACUUCAUGAAAGGGAACUCCUGGUCCACGAUGACCAUGGGCCAGCCCAGGCAAGUCCUCCCUCCCUCCUCCAAGAUCUCGGCCACCCUUGACCGAUCCAUGCUCAAGUCCAAGUCCUGCCAGCCAGAGCUUACGGGAAACUAUCUGCAGGUGGGUCGAAGGGGAGACUGGAGCAGCACCCUGGGCCGGGUGGGCGGGGCCCAGGAGAUCCCGUGUCGACGCAUGCGCAGCGGCAGCUACGUGAAGGCCAUGGGCGACAUGGAGGAAAGCGACGACUCAGACGGAAGCCCCAAACCGUCGCCCAAAGCCACCGCCCGCCGCCAGAGUUACCUCAGGGCCACCCAGCAGUCUCUGAGUGACCAACAUCCUCCGCGCAACUGUCUUCCGUCUCUCAGCGAGCUCUCCAACAACCGCAGCCUGGACAACCUGGACUGCAUCGGGGGCCCGGGCUCCUCCUUCCCCCGGUGGGAUGACGACGACUUCAGCCAGGCCUGCAGCACCCUGGGCCGGGGCAGCUGCCUGGGACAGGUCAGCCCCCUCCACGCACACCGCGACCGUGUGAACCUACGGGACCUGGAGAUGAGCCCGCGCUACGAGGACCGCAGCUCCGACUCCACGUACCGGGACUCGCGCCCGCCCUCUCAGGACCAGCCGGAGCCCCCCGACCUGCCCAUGCCCACGUGCUUCCGCUCGCGCAGCCACAGCUACCUGAGGGCCAUCCAGGCCGGCUGCUCCCAGGACGACGACACGGCGUCGCUGGACUCGGGGUCGCCGCCGCCCACCGCCACCACAGUCCACACCUACAGCACCAGCACUGUCUCCACGUGUAUCACCACCAGUAAGCGGACGGCCCCGCCGCCGGUGCCCCCCCGCACCACCUCCAAGCCCUACAGCUCGGUGACGGUGCAGAGCAGCACCGAGUCGGCGCAGGAGGACACCUACCUGCAGGACCUGCAGGACCGGCGCUCGGAGGCCACCAGCCAGUCCAGCCACGCCCACAGCAACUCGUCCGACAGCCUGGACAGCAGCCACGCCAACAGCCUGGCCCGCGGCAUCCCGCGGCCCCUGCAGACCAUCACCGCCGUCCCCGUGGCCCUCGCCCGCGAGCCCUACGCCUCGGCCAUCCUCGGAGCCAUCGGCGUCGCCGCCGCCGCCGCCACCGCCAACGCGUGCACCGACACCAACGACGCGCGGUCGCACUCGCACGCACACUCGCACGCGCGCGCCCACUCGCACGCCUCCACCGCCGUGCAUAAGGGAGGACUGCUGGGGGAGGAGCCUCUGGUGGCGCCGAUGCCCAGGAGGAAGCUGUCCUCCAUAGGGAUACAGGUGGACUGUAUUCAGGAGGUCCAGCGAGAGGACUCUCCGCAGCUGGCCCGGUUUCAGUCCAUCGGUGUACAGGUGGAGGACGGCUGGCAGGUCGGCCACUCCGGCAGCAUGGCCUCCAAGCAGGACUCUGACACCACGCCGGACCUGCCCUCGGCCGCCGCCGCCACCUCGCACAUCCUGGCCUCCAGCAACGGCCGGGCCGCCGAGAGGAAGGUCAUGGUGAACAGCGCCUGCCAGUCCACCGACUCCCAACGCGGGGGGAGCACCUCGCUGGACAACGGCGAGGGCCUCGGAGACACCGCCGCCGCCACCGCCGCCGCCGCCACCACCUCCUGCUCCACCUCGCCUCCGCCCCCGCCGCGGCAGAUCCUGAACCGCUCCACCACGCGCAGCAGCUCGGACUCGUUCUCCGAGAGCAUGGACCCCGCCCUGGACCCCUCGUCCCUGCCGCCGCCGGACCCCUGGCUGGAGAGUGUGAGCGUUGGGGUCGGAGGAGGAGGAGGAGGAGGAGGAGGUGCUGGUGGCGGUUCCGGUGGUGGGGGGACGCUGUGCAGGAGAGACGGCCACUGGUUCCUGAAGCUGCUGCAGGCGGAGUCGGGCCGCAUGGAGGGCUGGUGCCAGCAGAUGGAGCUGGAGACCAAAGAGAACCAGAUCUCAGAGGAAGUGCUGGGGAAGGUCCGUAGCGCGGUGGGGAGUGCCCAGCUCCUCAUGACCCAGAAGUUCCAACAGUUCCGGGGGCUGUGUGACCAGAACUUGAAUGUGAGCGCCAACCCGCGACCCAGCCCCCAGGACCUGGCAGGCUUCUGGGACCUGCUCCAGCUCUCCAUCGAGGACAUCAGCCUCAAGUUCGACGAGCUUUACCACCUCAAGUCCAACGACUGGCAGCCGGCGCCCGGCUCCGCCUCCUCCACCGCCGCCGCCGCCUCCGCCGCCGCUGCUGCCACCACAUCCGCCCUCUCGUCCCCUGAGCGGAAGGACCAGGAGACGGGCAAGAAGCCCGCUAAGGGGCGACCGGUACUGGGCCGCGAGAAGAGCGUGGACUCGUCGUCCGCCUCGUCAGUGGAGAAGCAGCGGCAGGAGGCCCGCAAGCGCCUGCUGGCCGCCAAGAAGGCUGCAUCGUUCCGCCAGAACUCGGCCACCGAGAGUGCCGACAGCAUAGAGAUCUACGUCCCGGAGGCCCAGACCAGACUAUGAGGGAACCCCCCCAGGGAGAGGGAGAAGGGUGAGGAGGAGGCCGUCAUCCAUGGUGAUGCUCUUAUCUCAGAAGUUAAGAGGAUUGUCAAUGUAAGUUCUUCCCGACGCCUGGAGAAGAAACCAAACGGGAAAAAAAGAUGGAGAGAAAAAAAAUUAACAGAAAACAAAACGCUGCAGGGAUAUUGAGUUUGGGGGUCUGGGGGUCCAAGUGUGUUUAAAAUGUGGAUACCCACACAGUUGAGUCCUGAUGACUAUGGGAACUCCCUAGAUCUAACACCUAAAUGACUGAUGACUCACGUUGUUACUUGAUGAUGAACACUUAUUGUUACUACUAUUGAAUAUCAACGAUGAUGAAUAGCGCUGGUAUUAUUAUCUCUCCUAAAGAAACUCUAUUAAGACUGUUUAUAAAUAUUUUAUCUUGGCCAUAAGAUCUACUACUAAUCAGACAGGGGUCAAAUAUGUGUGCUUUUCUGUUUCUCCUCUUCCUGUCUUUCCAAGGCCUUGGCUAUCCUGUAGCUUUGCACAACACCACCUUCUGGCCAUCACAUGAAUUACAUACACAACAGAUACACUAAGCUCAGUCUACUUUGUCUACCGUGUCUUUCUUUGUUAAUUUUCUCACAUUUGGCACGUUUCUAUGUGAAGAACCAUAAUUAUACCUCUGCUUUGCAAUAUGGAACUAAAUUAGUGUUCAGAAUCACGAAAUAGAAUAAUGCUAGGUUUUUUUAAAGGGUGUAUCCUUUCAAAAUAUUUCGAUCCAUGGUUUAAAAUACUAUGGAGGAUACUAGGGCAGAAGAUGUAGGUAUAUAUUGAACAAAAGCAUAUCCUGCUGAAAAUGUGAUGACCAAGCCCAGCGAUCCUAUCAGAAUCUCUGGCUGUAGCCAUGCUUGCGUGUCCUGAGAUUUCCUGGCACUAUGGAAAUAAGCUCCUUCACACCCUCUUGGAUUCCUUUUCAAGUCUUCCUUUUAAAGCAUUCUUUCUUCUCUGUGUGGAGAUGUAUGUUUUGGUGACUUGGAUAUUUAGUAGCAGCACCUUUCCAUCUUUUUGUGAAGCAUACAAUGGGUAAAUGCUUCAAAUCGCUUCACCUUAAGAUUCAUAUUUCAACUGAACCAUAUCACUCAAUCCAAUGCAAAAGUGUGUUGAGAUUGUUUUUCAUUAUAUUACUUUUUAUAAAUGCCAACCCCUAGUGGAAUAUAUAUUGAUAUAUCAUCAAUAUAACAGUAUUCUUAUCACUCUUCAGCAAGAUUAUCAAUUUGCAGUUAAAGUUACUUUUUUGUUAUUAUUUCUGCCAAACAGUUCAGUGAAAGCAUGGCCUGUCUUGGUCAUUGCGCUUUGCCAUCAUUCAUUCAUAUAAGCUUGUUUGUGAAUGGGAAAAUGUCGUAAAGCCAAAGACAAAUUGACAUCUUAAAAUCAAUAUCAUCAACACCAUUAUUAAC